UUGCACAACCAAAACAUUAAAACAAAUCUGAAUUAGAAAAUGAAGAAGCAAGCUGGUUCAAGUGUCGUCUUAAUUCUCCUUUGCUUUGUUUAUAUAUUCGCAAGCGUUGAAGCUCAAACUUGCAGGCCUAGUGGGACAAUAAGAGGGAAAAAUCCUCCGCCUGGGCAAUGCAACACUGAAAACGAUUCUGAUUGUUGUAAAGUUGGGAAGCUCUACACAACAUAUAAAUGUUCACCGCCCGUUUCGAGCCGUACAAAAGCAACGUUAACGCUUAACAGUUUUCAGGCGGGUGGGGAUGGUGGCGGCCCGUCGGAAUGCGACAAUCAAUAUCAUUCAGAUGAUGACCCUGUGGUGGCACUUUCAACUGGGUGGUUUAGUGACAAAAGGAGGUGCUUGAAGUAUAUUAACAUUUAUGGUAAUGGAAGAAGUGUUAGGGCUAAGGUGGUUGACGAAUGCGAUUCAACGAUGGGAUGCGAUUCGGACCAUGAUUAUCAGCCUCCUUGCCCUAACAACAUCGUUGAUGCCUCCAAAGCAGUUUGGAAGGCUCUCGGAGUUCCUGAAAGUAAUUGGGGCGGCAUGGAUAUCUACUGGUCAGACACUUGCAGGCCUAGUGGGACAAUAAGAGGGAAAAAUCCUCCGCCUGGACAAUGCAACACUGAAAACGAUUCUGAUUGUUGUAAAGUUGGGAAGCUCUACACAACAUACAAAUGUUCACCGCCAGUGUCGAGCCGUACAAAAGCAACGUUGACGCUUAACAGUUUUCAGGCGGGUGGGGAUGGUGGCGGCCCAUCAGAAUGCGACAACCAAUACCACUCAGAUGAUGACCCUGUGGUGGCACUUUCGACGGGGUGGUUUAACGACAAAAAGAGAUGUUUGAAGUAUGUUAACAUUUAUGGUAACGGAAAAAGUGUGAGGGCUAAGGUGGUUGACGAAUGUGAUUCAACGAUGGGAUGCGAUUCGGACCAUGAUUAUCAGCCUCCUUGCCCUAACAACAUCGUUGAUGCCUCCAAAGCAGUUUGGAAGGCUCUCGGAGUUCCUGAAAGUAAUUGGGGCGGCAUGGAUAUCUACUGGUCAGACACCGAUUAA